AUGGUGUCCGGGUCUGGCCUCUGCGCGCGGCGAGUGGUGGUCGAUGCGCGCCACCACAUGCUGGGGCGCCUCGCGUCCAUCAUUGCGAAGGAGCUGCUCAAUGGGCAGCGCGUAGUGGUGGUGCGGUGCGAGGAGAUCUCCAUUUCCGGCGGUCUCGUGCGCCAGAAGAUGAAGUACGCUCGGUUCCGCAACAAGAGGAUGAACACCAAGCCCUCCCACGGGCCCAUUCACUUCCGCGCCCCGGCCAAGAUCCUGUGGCGGACGAUCCGCGGGUAAGUGUUCGUUCCUUUCCCGUGGUGGUGUCAUCUCCCGGGAAUUUUUGGUUCCCGCUCGGCGUUGUUGGCGUCUUCCGUCCGCUAACGAAUCUGGAGCAUUUUUAUCCAACAAUGUUACUCAGGAUGAUCCCACACAAGACUAAGAGAGGGGCCGCUGCUCUGGCGAGGCUGAAGGCUUACGAGGGUGUUCCCCCGCCCUACGAUAAGAUAAAGAGGAUGGUCAUUCCGGAUGCUCUCAAGUAAGGCGUCUCAUUUUUAUCGCACACGAAAAUCGCUUAAAAUCUGUUCCGUUUAAUCAUUUGCGUUAUUUUAUUUGAUUCGUCAGGGAACUGAGGCUUCGGAAAGGAAACAAGUUCUGCUUGUUGGGUCAGCUAUCGAAGGAGGUUGGAUGGAGCUACUACGAUGUCGUAAGGGUAAGAGACUGAUUCCUCGGUAGUUCCUAUUUUCUAGAGUUUCUUCUUGCCUGCUUCGCUCCGUUUCAAGCUGUGAAACGUUUGGAGUCUGAUCCCAUGUAAUUCAAGUAUCUAACUUACUGUACAGUCAAAUAUUUCCCAUAGGAUUAGUAGUUGGAGUUUAUCUCUUUCCUUUACCCUGGUGUUAACAUGGAACACUAGCACUAGUUGAGCGGAUCUUCUGCGGGCUAAAUCUUGGUUUGACUGAGCAUGCUUGCGUAAUGGUUUUGGUCGAGCCAAAACUAGAUUCUUCUUCUCAGUCCAAUCAUAGAAAUGAUUCGCCAUGCCCGAAAAAUGCAUUAUUUAAAGUAUGUAUCUUCCUUAUAUGCCAUAUAUGCAAGCUCUCUUUCUUUACUUGCUGCCCAAUCUAGGUGACAGUCAAAGGGAAGAAUAUGCCAAUAUUGUUUCCAGCCUAAUUUUUUUUGGCGGUUUGCAGUGCGAUCGAUCUGUUUGGAACAUUCUCAACGUGUUUCUUAUGGGUAUUGUUGGUAACAUUCCGAUUGUGGAUUCGUAACAAAACAUAAAUCACUUGGUAAAAACCAACGGUUAGUUUAAUUCCAUCGUUUAUGUUUAGCAGGUGAGUUUUCAGAAUGCUGCGUUGGCAAUGUUCUGACAUCACCUUAGUGUGGUAAACCCAAACAGCUGAUUAGGCCAUAUUUGGGCUUGGCCCGGAGUUGUGGAGGAUAUCAUGAGAGGGUUUGAACAGAGGAGGGGAUCAUAGAUUGCUUUUGACUUUUCUCCAUUUUUACUAUGCCUGGUAAUAAUUUCCGGUCUUGUGAUUUUUAUCAGUGUUGUUAUGUAAAUCCUUCUCUGCCUCUUAGGUAGUUAAGUGCAUGAUCCAGUUCAUCUUAGAUGUACCGAGACGUGUCUUCUGCUCGUUGACCUUCUAAUGGCGCACAGGAGUAUUUUUUUAACAUAAGUUUGGAAUAUUGUUUGACCGUGUCAUGGCUAACUUGAUGUUCGAAUGGUUUUCCAUUAUUUGUAAUAGCAGUAGAAAGAUUGAAUUCCUCAGGAUGUUGACUAUUUUGGGCAAUUCUCUUGAAACCUUCAGAUGCCAAGGAUAAUUUUCUUUAUCAUCUUUCGUUAGAAUAUUUUUGUUCUUAUUAAAUUGUGCAAAUACGGUAAUUUUUUUACGAGAACAUACCACUUCCACUGAUAAACGGCCGAUUACUAUAUUUGCUUCCAGGAGCUGGAGGAGAAGAGGAAGCAGAGGGCGCAGGUGGCGUACGAGAGGAAGAAGCAGCUGAACAAGCUCCGCGCCCAGGCGGAGGCAGUUGCCGACCAGCAGCUCGGAGCGCAGCUGGACAUCUUGGCCCCCAUCAAGUACUGA